CUCGUUUAAAAAAACCUGUCCAAAGGGGAUGUACAUGGAAUCUGGGUCAGCUGUAGCUGGUUAGUGCACUUCUGCGUGUGAGUGUGAAACACUGCAUCCUCUUCGCUGGAAGAAAAUACACUGGCAUAUUAAUUGUUUUGUAAAAACGAUGUAGUUAGCUUGGUUAUCGCACGGAGAAACCCAAUUCCUCAAUGCAGCUUGGAUCUAACAGAGAAAGACAAAAGCAGUUUUCAACUGCAACUGCAGAUUAACAGCCCACAACAUCGGGUAGCAUAAGAAAACGCCAAGUUGGUCUCUGGAUUUUGCAUCUACUACAGAAGCAACGCAGCUGCACAAUUUUCUUCUUGUCUCUUCUGAAAGUCAUCACCCUUGCUUGAAAAUGAAGAUAUUUAAAAGGACUUUGGGUGUACUACUGUUCCUCCUGUUGUCUAUUGGACGUUGUACAGAACGCUCGAAGUUUAAUAAAACAUCCCAACGGAGGCACCCUCGUUCAGCAGAUAGCGGAGAGGAAGGAAAGAAAUGUGGUUACACAUUCUUGGUCCCAGAACAAAAAAUUACAGGGCCAAUUUGUGUGAAUACCAAUGGACCGAGUACUGGUAACAGAAAAGAUGAAGUCACAAGAAUGGACAUAGAAAACUUGAAGGACGUGUUGUCCAAGCAAAAGCGUGAGAUUGAUAUAUUGCAAUUGGUGGUGGAUGUGGAUGGAAACAUUGUGAAUGAAGUAAAAUUACUGAGGAAAGAAAGUCGUAAUAUGAACUCUCGGGUCACUCAACUCUACAUGCAACUCUUGCACGAGAUAAUUAGAAAGCGUGAUAACUCACUUGAGCUUUCCCAGCUGGAAAACAAAGUCCUUAAUGUUACAACAGAAAUGUUGAAGAUAGCUACAAAAUACAAGGAGCUUGAAGUAAAGUAUGCAGCGCUAACUGAUCUUGUAAAUAACCAGUCUGUGACUAUCUCUCUAUUGGAAGAGCAGUGCUUGAGAAUCUUCUCCCGACAGGACACCCAUGGGUCUCCACCUCUUGUUCAAGUGGUGCCACAGCACAUUCCCAACGGCCAGCCAUAUCCUCCCGUUCUUUUGGGAGGUAAUGAGAUACAGCGAGACCCAGGUUAUCCUAGAGACAGAGAUGUAAGACCACCACCUGAUCCAGCUACUUCUCCUACAAAAAGUCCUUUCAGAGUUCCACCAUUAGCUUUAAUUAACGAAGGUCCAUUCAAAGAUUGUCAACAAGCCAAAGAAGCUGGGUACUCCAAUAGCGGGAUUUAUAUGAUCAAACCUGAAAAUAGCAAUGAACCAAUGCAGUUAUGGUGCGAGAACAGCUUGGAUCCUGGAGGAUGGGCAGUUAUUCAGAAGAGGACAGAUGGAUCUGUCAACUUUUUCAGAAACUGGGACAGUUACAAGAAAGGAUUUGGAAACAUUGACGGAGAGUACUGGCUGGGACUAGAAAAUAUUUACAUGCUUACCAAUCAGGAUAAUUACAGACUACUGAUCGAAUUAGAAGACUGGAGCAAUAAGAAAGUCUAUGCAGAAUACAGCAGUUUCCGCCUGGAGCCGGAGAGUGAAUUCUACAAGCUGCGCUUAGGAACGUACCAGGGCAACGCAGGCGACUCCAUGAUAUGGCACAACGGAAAACAAUUCACAACACUGGACAGAGACAGGGAUAUGUAUACAGGCAACUGUGCUCAUUUUCACAAAGGUGGUUGGUGGUAUAACGCGUGUGCACAUUCUAACCUUAACGGAGUGUGGUACAGAGGAGGCCACUACAGAAGCAAGUAUCAGGACGGAAUUUUUUGGGCAGAGUACCGGGGAGGUUCCUACUCCUUGAAAGCAGUUCAAAUGAUGAUCAGACCUAUAGACUGAGAAUAAAAAUCCCACAGCGCUCAAAUGAUUGAAUAACCUUCAAGUGCUCGAGUUCCCCAAAAAAUAAAAUAUUACACUUAAAUGAGUGUUUUGCACAAUCUGCUUCUGCAAAAUGCAGGUCUACAAUUGUUUUUUUCUUGUUAUGCCCCUCCCCCCUUUUAAAACCCCUUUUCUUCUGUGAGAAACGGUAUUUUUAAAACAUACAGAUUUGAGUAACUCAGAAGCAGGUGAUUGUAUUUGCAAUGCAUAUUUACUUUGUUCUAAUCCAACAUGCAUUACAUAAACAGUCAUUAAAGCUGGUAAAAGAAACUACAGAUAGGACAAACUAAGUUUUCAUUUAAAAAGAUUAGCCUUUUCCAGGUCAACCGAAUCCUUAAAUAUAGAUACGUGAACUGGCAUUGUCUCGCUUUAAUGUGAAAAUUGAUUGGUUACUUAACAAUUUAUUUUAAAAUUGUUAGGAUUACUUUCAAAGAAAAUUACAUUACUGUUUAAGGAACUGAAUACGUUCUAGCUUUGCCAGAGAGAUAUUUUGCAACAAGCAACUAUUUCAAAAUGAAGUGGUACAUUAAAUACAAAAUAUAUAAUUUCUUAAUGGUGUAGAGAAUUCCUUAAGAUCCGCAUAUCCUACCUUCUGUAAAACACUUCAGUAAAACGUUCCUAAGAUAAUUGUAGAAAAUGGUUGAUAAAUUUUAGAAUAGCAAAUUACUUCUCUACUUCUUACCUUCAUAUUCAAAACUACAACAUAACAUUCUAUUUAAGCAAAAACAUUUCUUGAUACACCAAGCUCAGAUGGCAAAAGAGUCAUGACCUACCAUUUACAGAUCCCUCCACUGCUCCAAAUUAGGAGUAAUGAAAGCCAAACAAAUGUUCAGCUAUACUAAAAGAGCGAUACUGUAAAUAUUUAUAAAAUGAACUUUUCCCUCUAAGACAGCUUUAUAAUGCUAGAGUAAAACAUCCAGACUAGAAAUUAGCUCUGAGUGUAUUCUCCCUGUCCCCAAACUUGGGCUGCUCUCACGAUAUACAGAUUUCCUUUCUCCUACAAACUUAAUCAUUAUAACUUGCGUUAUAUAAAGUUUAAAAAAACCAAAGUCCCGACAACCUUCCAGAAUUAGUAUAAAUAAAAAAGUAAAACAUAGCACAAGGAGGCAAAAUGAAGGAUGAAAAUCAAUUUAUGAGAAACACUACAGCUCUUACAUAUCUACGAACGGAAUCCAUUUCCCUCUCAUCAAUUAGGACUUCUAAAAUAUUAGUGUGGUUUGGUGUCAUAACAGCAGUCACACAGGUUUUCCUUUCCAAAGGGACACGUAUACAAUUGAUCCUCUAGCUUGAAUUUUUGACUUUCUGGAUAUCAGUUUUCUGCAGAAAUUAACAUGUAAUUGAAGAAAUUAAUUAGAAAGUAAAUUUCCAACUUAAGUACAGGAUACUGCAGUAAAAAAAAAGAUACUUUAUAACCUGAAGCACGAAAUGUUCACUUUAAGCACCAGAGUGUCUGAAACUAAAGCUUUCUUCCUGGUUUAUAAAGUUACUUAAUAAAUUGUACUUAGUCAUACAUCUUAAUCUUUUAUGCUCUAUUACAAGAAAAUUAAACACACCAUUUUAAACUGCAGCUAAUAUAUUUGUUUUACAAUUCAAACGGUCCUUCAGGAUUUUAUUGAACUUUGGUCUCAUUUAAUCUAAGAAAUCUUAGCAGCUAAUCAAAAGAGGAAUCAAAUCUUGUUACACUUAAAUGCACUAAAAUUCAUAGCCAUGAAAAACACUGUUUCUAAUUCAAGAGGGAAAACAACAUUUUGGUUUCAAAAUGUCUUCUCUGGACUAAAUAAAGCCUCGUUGAUAUUAUAAGGCUGUAAAGGUUGUAGUUAAAUCUGUCAAUGAGAUCAGAGGCAAUAUAUUUCAAUAUUUGAGAGGUAGAAGGGGGAAAACACAGAAUUUGACUUAGCAUAUUCCUUUCUCAGACCCCAAGAAUUUUAACUGAAACAAAAGCUUAAGAUUACAACAUUGCAGAUGUUCUUCAUUUGGACAAUCUACAGCCUAAUCUUUUUUCUAUGUCAAUGGGAUAAAAGAGCACUUCAGGUAAAUUUAAAAGCUGAAAAAUAUCCUCUGAAGCAUUCCUUCAAGAAAUACUUUUGACAGCUUUAGUUUUUUCAACCUAUAGACUUCCUCUCCUUGGAAGAGAACUUACUUUUCCAUAAAAAUCUACCUUCUGCUACAGAAAUGUUUUAUUCAAACAGUCAGUUAAAAAAAAAAAAUUCUACAAACCCCGGAACAAGUGAAAUUAGCUUCCAUUCAGCCUUUAAGUUAAAUGUUAUAUAUUUGACAUCUAAAACAGGUAGUCUCUCCCAACUUAAAGUUACAAGAUGAGGUUAUCUAAACCUUAUUAUAAAACAUACACGGUAAGCUCAGGCUGCACAAAUGCUGGGCUCUAGAACGAAAGAAUUCAUUUUAAGUUGCCAGUUUAGGAUUACAAGUAUCACUUCUUAUUGAGGCUGGUCCACAAUAUGUAUGAUAAUUUAUUAUUUUCAAAAACUCAUACUCUACCAAAUUUCAACCUUUGGGUUGAGUUUUCUAAUGACUUCUGAAAUUCAGAGUUUUUGCCUCUGAAAAGUUUUUCAGAAGAGGCUGUAGCAUCCCUCAAACUUAGCGCCCCUGAAAUUCAGAAGCAGUCUUUGUGUCAGGAUAUAGCUUUCAUCAUUCCUGUGUUAUCAAUCACAUCUAAUCAAAUUCCCUUGAAAAGUUUAAUCUGUACUAAGAUCUGACACACAGUUUGCACAAAUAUUUCUAAAGUCUACUUGCAAGCAUUAUCACUUCAGUCAUAUAGUGAAUAGCUGACUAUUCAACAGAUAAAUGUUUUAAUAACCUGUUUUUAGCUUUCUCAUUUUGGAUACAACUCCUGAAAGACAGACAUAAGAAACUGUAUGUUACAAGACAGCACGCCUUCGUUAAAGUAAAGAUCUUAUUUCCAGA